GUGUCCUAUGCCAGACCCAGUUCAGCAUCCAUCCGGGAUGCUAACCUGUACGUCAGCGGGCUCCCCAAGACCAUGAGCCAGAAAGAGAUGGAGCAGCUCUUCUCCCAGUACGGCCGCAUCAUCACGUCCCGCAUCCUGGUGGACCAGGUCACAGGUGUCUCUCGGGGUGUGGGAUUCAUCCGCUUCGACAAGAGGAUUGAGGCUGAGGAGGCUAUCAAAGGACUGAAUGGGCAGAAGCCGCUGGGCGCAGCUGAGCCCAUCACAGUCAAGUUCGCAAACAACCCGAGUCAGAAGACGGGGCAGGCGCUGCUCACCCACCUCUACCAGUCGUCCGCCCGGCGCUACGCAGGCCCCCUACACCAUCAGACACAGCGUUUCCGGCUGGACAAUUUGCUCAACAUGGCCUACGGCGUCAAGAGGUUCUCCCCGAUCGCCAUCGACGGUAUGAGCGGCCUGGCGGGCGUGGGCCUGUCGGGGGGCGCGGCAGGCGCUGGCUGGUGCAUCUUCGUGUACAACUUGUCACCGGAGGCGGAUGAGAGCGUGCUGUGGCAGCUGUUCGGGCCCUUUGGGGCGGUCACCAACGUCAAGGUCAUCCGCGAUUUCACCACCAACAAAUGCAAGGGGUUCGGCUUCGUGACCAUGACCAACUAUGACGAGGCGGCCAUGGCCAUCGCCAGCCUGAACGGCUAUCGCCUGGGCGAGCGCGUGCUGCAGGUCUCCUUCAAGACCAGCAAACAGCACAAGGCGUGA